GGAGGGGGGGGCGGGGUUCUGCGCUCCCUGCUCCAUCCGGGAACUUCAGAAUUACCAUUGACAGCCGAAGCGCAACUUUUCCCCAGGCAAAGUGAAAUCAAGCCGCGGACUCGGACAAAAUAUAGUCCCCGUUUUUCAACUUAAAAUUAUCGAAAGAAAAGCUAACCCGCUUCCCCGUCGGACCCCUCGACGUUCGGCCGUAAUCUGGAGAGGACCCGUCCGGGGCCUGAGCUCUUUCCGCCGGGUUUGGAGCACUUUUGAAGACGGGCGGAAAGUGGGUGAUGAGUCCUAGCCUGUAAAGAAGCGAGAACUUGCUUUGCAGCCUGAGUAGUUCUUCUUUCAAUUGUUAUUGUCGCUUUAAAAAAUCUUUAAUUCACUUAAACUUCGUCUCGGCCGCGUCGAAAGUGGGAGAAAAGUGCUUUUCCGGUCGGAACAUGGAACUACAAGGCCUGCAAGAGGCGUUGAAAGUAGAAAUCCAAUGUCAUCAGGACGGAGAGCUUAAGAGGCAGCUGCACGACAGGCAAACAAGAAUAACAGCCCUAAGCGAUAAACAAAAUCAGACGUUGUGCAAAGGCCUCAAUGAACUUCAAAAUGGACAGAAGCUGGCAGUCAGAAGUUGUCCUGUAGGGACGACUAAGCCGCUGUCUCUCAUCAAGCCUCCCAGCCAGGGCAUCGCCAUCUCCGUGGUGCCGGCCAAGGCUCCCGUUUCCAUGGUGACCGCACACAUUAACGGACAGAAGGCGGCGAGCUCGGAGCCGCUGCAGACGUCCCCCAUCAACCUCCAGACGGGCGGCAGGGUGGCGGCCGCCGGAGUCCACCCGUUCAGCAGCAGGAGAGCCGGAGAGCUGCCUCCCUCUCAGAUGCUGGGAACUCUCACUGCUGUGCCCAUCAAGGUGCCUCAAGUCAGCUCCCUGCACCGGCUGGCAGGACAAGCAGCCACUGUGCUACCUCAGGUCAGGCCAAAGACCCAGAUCCCCGACAGCCUCCCCCACAGUCCCUGUCAGGAGCUGCAGCCCGUCAGCCUGCAGAGGGCCACAGCCGUGGUCAGUCCUAAGAGCCAGGGCCCCACCCUGCCCACCGCCAACAGCACCUUCAGCCCCGACCACCAGCCCAACGGCCAGAGCGACCCCUCGCCGCCCCCAGCCCCGCCCCACGGCCCGUCCGGGGGCCCCGACUCCAGUGCCCCCCCCCAGCAUGCCUCCGCGGGACCCGGCGUGGCGUACGCCAUCAUCGCCGCCUCCCCCGCCACCGGCAACGGGGUGUCCGCCGUCAGCGAGGCCGUCAAGGUGAUAAUAAUCCAGCCGCAGGCCCCCAGCAGCACUGAGGGCUCCCCGGGGGCCCAGGCUGACCUCCCGUCACAGGAGGCCCCACCCGCCCCGAAAUCCCCCUCCCAGAAGAAGGACGAGGACCCCGAGAAAAUCGCCUUCAUGGUCGCCCUCGGCCUCGUCACCACAGAACACCUGGAAGAAAUCCAGACGAAGAGACAGGAGAGGAAGAGACGAAGCACAGCCAACCCAGCCUACAGCGGCCUGUUCGAACCGGAGCGUAAACGUCUGGCGUCACAUUACCUGAACAGCUCGCUCUUCCUGUCAGCACGAGACUCUGAGGAUUUCUGCUGGAAGGAGGACUUGGAGCAUGACGACCACUGUGCCGUCUGUAAGGAGGACGGCGAGCUGCAACCCUGCCACAACUGCCCCAGGGCCUUCCACCCCAACUGCCUCCACCCACUGCUCAAAACCCCACCCAGAGGACCCUGGUACUGCCCCAAGUGCCAGAAGAAGGUGCUGAACAAAGAAAACAUGUCGUGGCCACAGAACUUUGUUCAGUCCUACGUCACACACAAGACGGUGAGGCAGGAGGAGAAGCGACGCCUGCUGAGACGAAACAACGAGCUGAAGAAAGAGUGCGCUCAUCUGGAAGAACAAGACGAGAAGCUCAACGAUGCGCUCAAACAGUGUAUGGACCUGAGGGAGAGACUGUUGGGGCAGCAGAGAGACACUCAGGCUUCACUUGAACGCCUCAAAGCUCUCAUCAGGCUGAUCCAACGUGACCAGCUCAUCCAGGUCACCAUGACGACCACCGCCACCAUCACCGCCUCCCUGCUCUCCCAGUCCUGGAUCAAACCCGCCGGCCCGGGCCCCUCCGCCACGCCCCUGCAGAAGAGCCACGCCCACAGCCAGGAUGACGCCAACAACUAGCCCCACCCCCUCGGUGCUCCGACAUUUUACCCGAACGUCGAGGACGGUGAUGAUUUCUUUUUGUCUGAAUAAUAUCUAACCAUCUUUUGUCCGAGAGCUGAAAAAAAAAAAAAACUGAGAAAAGAGAGCCUCUAUCCUCCACUCGAUUCAAGUAUUUUUUAAAACCCAACACCUACAGUGCUUACGAGAUUUCUUUUUUUAAGUUGUUUUCUAUUUAUUAAUGUUCUUGGCCUUAAUGUAUUUAUUACAAAAAGUUAGAUUACAGUGCUGCCGCGGGAACACGACGGGAGUUCGUGCGCGGUCCGAAAGAUAUUUCCCUUUUUUAAACACAGGUAUAAUUCUUGUUCUGCAGAUAGUGAGAGAGAACAGUAGAGUUAGUCGUAGUUCAAGAAAACAAAGGAUUGAUGAAGUGAAAGGACUGUACAUUGAUAUAUCUGAGUAGAUGUUUGUUCUCAUUCUCCUAUGAACAAUGUUUUUGCCAUAAUAAUUCAGGAAAAUGUUUUCAUCGUGUAUGUAAACGCAUACGAGCCUUCAAACAAAAACAGAGAAUAACUUUUUUUCAGUAUUAAUAGAGUCAAAGAAAAAAGUAUUUAAGAUAAAAACUACAGAAAUUAGCAUUUCUAGUGGAGAUUUUAGUAUUUUCAUGCUGAUGCCUGUUGAUAAAUGUAAGUUUGGAGUAUUCAAGGGGAUCACUGUACAUAUGUUGUAUUAUUAUUAUUAUCGCAGGUGUUUUUGGUUUUCAAACUUUACUGAAGUCACACAUCUGAGCCCGAGGCGAGUCCCUGUACGUUCAGCUGUUUGUUUUCUGGUCGACAGCAACACAAACAAGAUUAUGACGCAGCAGAAAGAAGGUGAACUGCAAUGUUACACUUAAUAAAAACAGUUAGAGUCCACUGAUAUUAAAUUUGAAAUGCUGGUGGUGUUUCCUCUGUAAUGCUUCUAAAAAUCAGAGGAAAACGUUAGAUUAUUUAGUUUUUGACGGACAAAUUAACCACAAUUUGCUUUCAAUGGAGUUUUCUAAAAUGAACAGAUUUGAUUUUAGUUUCUGCAUCUUAAAAGAAAAGCGACAGUAAAGUUCGCCGUCGUUCUGCCACAGAAAACAAAGAGUUGGACAGAAAAGGGGCCGAAGUGUUUGUUCGCAGCUGCACUCCGACACGUCGAUGUGUGACGCAUCCAUUCAGUCCCUUUCCCCCUUUAACCAGUAUAGAAAAUAUGCCAAAAACGUUUUUCUUUGUUUUUGUACUGGGAUCGCUCAUCUAUCAAUAAUGUCUAUAGUGCUUUCUUUUCUCCCUGUCUAUUUGAUAUUUUUCGCUUUGGAGCUUUUUUUACUCGUGUUUUAUGAACGUUUUAACAGCGACGAGCCUGUUAAUCUGACAGAUGAACACUGCCUCAAGUACAAAUCGUUUCAAAUCCAGGGUUUUCGUCUUUGUUGCGUCAUUUUUUUAGACACCAGUCAAUCAGAAAUGGGACAACACUUUUUGACUGUCGCGUGGACCCGGAGGAUAAAGAUGGCGUCCUCCUGGUCUGACGUCGAACCAGGAGGCCGCCAUCGCGUCCUGCUCGGUCCAUUUGUCUCGCUAGUCUUCCUGCUGGUCCAGAAAGGUUCAGUUUAAGUGUUCAACACAUAGAUUUAGUCCAUUUUUUAUUUAACCUUAUCACGCUGUACUCACCACACAGUCGAGGCGCAGCUCUCUGCUACCUGUUGAUGCACAAACACGAACAAAUGGUUUCAAUAAUUCAGAGAAAAAAUGCCUUUUAUCAAAAGAGGGAAUCUGAAGGUCUAGCUGAGAAGAGGUGGUUUUAUUUAGUUUGGGUCAUAUCACCUGCGUUCGGUCUCCGAAGUAUCCGAGAUACUGACGAGAGCCUUAAUGUUGGAGAAGCGUCACCUGCACGGCACAAACACGUCUGAAAAACAAACGAAAGGAUAAAAAGACGAGCAAUAUGGCAUCAAAACCGUUCCAUAACACGAUUUUCCCCAAAGAAAUAAAUAUUAAACACUGAAGGCCUCAGCAUGCUUCAAAUUAAGUAGUUCGUACGACGCGUCUCAACGCCAGGAAUCGUACAAAUAUAACAGCAAACUUUCAGAAAGUGUCCGAUCGUCUGUUUACCUUUUUUAUUUUCAAUCAGCUGUCAAACCCAGUUUGGAUUUCUUCGACGUUUGAUUAUCGAUUAAUCACUUUGUUAAAAUGCCCAAAAGAUAUUCAUAAUGAGAAACGCAAAUGUUAUUCAGACACCGAACAAACCAGCGAAUGUUUGCCAUUUUUGCUUUAAAAAAAGUUUGCAAAGGUAAAAGACUAAAGUUUUUUAAAAUAAAUUUGAAGUAGUUUAAUUCAGUAUUUAAUUGGCACACAAUAAAUUAAAGCAGAGGGAGAAACGAUCAAAAUAACUCCACUAACGAUUAUUUUUGUUAUUGAUUUAUCAAUAAAUCAUUUAGCCUGCAGGUCAGAAAAGAAUGAAAACUGCCUGAAACAAUAAAAUAGUUGCUGAUGCAUUUUCUGAUCGACUAAUUGAUUAGAUGUUUGUGUGAAAGAUAAAAUAUUUUGCUCCGACUGGAUCAUUUUCAUGUCGUUAAAACAGAAAAUUCUUUGGAUGCAAAGAGCUGAAACAGUUCGGCUCGGACACGGCGAAGGCUGAGAAACGCAUUUCUGAAUCUGAAGUGAAACGAAACCUGCUUGCAGUACGAACUGCUGUCACUCAACACUGAGCCAAAUGCACACGUUAUGUUUAAAAUAUAUAUAAAUAUAUAAAUAAUGCGCUUUAUCAGAAUACAGAGCGUCCGGGGAAGGAAUCUUUGCUAAGUUGUUCCCUCAAAUUAUUAAUUUCUGUACAUUUCCUAACGUCCAGAGCUUCUCUCAGCAGAAUUUAUAUUUCACACAGCAAAUGCCAUCAUCAUCAUCCAUAACCACGGCGACCACGAGACGAGACGCAUCAUCAUCCGGGAGCGUUACCGCCUCCACGAAACAUUUUCAUACCGUCAAAAUAAAAGUGUUCGGUUCUGUCCAUUAAAUUGGGCCCUUUAACAGCCUGUUGGUUUAUCGGCAGCUGUAGUUCAGAUUUAACAUACAAAACCUGAUUUAAAUUUAGAGAUUUGAUGCGUUGUUAUAAAACAACCCAACAGUACGUGAAAGUUAAAAUUAGACAUUAAUAUAUCACCUACAGGUCAAUGCAUUUGUAAAAACAUAAUGUAACGCUCUAAACAAGGACUUUCACUUUAAAAACUUUAGUACAUUUUUCCACCAACACUUCAGGACUUUUACUGAUGAUAUUUUUACACUGUAGUAAAUUCAGUGGCGACACAAAUCUAUUCAGAUCCUGAUCACUUACUAUUUAUUUUGGCAUUUCCUGCGUAAAAUAGCACCUCUGCCCCCUUAACGUUAAAUUGUGUCAUGAAAGCGUUUACGUUUAGUCCAGGCAAGGCAAGCUGCCUCCACUUAAAAAAAAACCUGCUUACAGGACACAUUUCCAACGUAGAAAACUUUGAAACUCAAGUCUGCAGAUGGAUUCAAAACAAACAGAGACUGAGCGCACACACACACACACAUUACCUUCAUCAGCAGAAUAAAUAUUCAGACCCGGUCCAGGCUCCGUACCUGCAAGAGAAACAGCGGAUAUGCAUUAACGUUGUACCUGACUUGCCUUUGUAAAAGAAUAAAAUCACCACCAGUGUGGAGAAGUUGGGUCUCAGAGAAUGUACCAUGUGACGCAUAUCGAGUCCUCACCUGAGCGCUGCGACGAGGCUCCAGGUGCAAAAGAAACAAGAUGGAAACCAUAUCAGCGCUCCGAGCCGCGUCGACCCCCCCACCCCCACCCCCCCCCACCCCCUCCUCUUCAUCCGUUUCUAGAAAUCUUCUCCGGGAGAAACUGUGCAGUGCUUAAACAGAUCUAUUUUAAUACACGACACAACAUUUGAACAAAUAAAAAAAUAAAAAAUAAUAAAGUUCGAACAUUUUUAUAUUCUUUUAUCAAGGAGCAAAAAAAAGAAACAGAACAUUUGGAUUUUCUAUUGUUUGCCAGUUCUGCAUUCUGACUUCUAGCAACGUUCGAUGUGUUAUUUUGCCACGAGGAGAAGACGAAGACACGUUUAGAUGGAAAUGUCUGUUGAAGUAGAAGUUUUUUCUUUGUCAUUAAUAAGGGGACUGUCCAGUGGAUAGUGUGUAUAGGAAAGUGUUUGUCUUAAAUAUGCCAAUGUAGUUUUUUCUUCUUUAUGAUGCAUUAAAAAGUUGAUCGAUGGAAGUUGGUAAAUGAUUAAAGAGUAGUCUCACUUUUUUGUACCAAGUUCUUACGAAAAAUGGAAUCAUGAAUAAACAAAAUUCAAGAACAAAA